AUCAUAAUCCUACAUCUGCAAUUCAACUACAAGAAAAACGUUACCCAAGUCCAUCGCAACAGACACACCCUCAGAGAUGAGCACUCCAGCCCGUACCCUCGUCCGCCGCAUCGCACACUGUACCCCGCGACCUCUCACCUCGACACCAUCCCGGCUCUCAAAAGCAGCAACAUCCCCAUCACCCUUACAAAACUUCACCCAGCUGUCCGCACCGCGACACCAGAGAACAAUGUCAACCACACCCGCCACCGCCGCUCCCGUGCCCACGCCGCGCUUCUCCAAGGGCUCCGACGAGCCUUCCCUCUCCUCGACGCUCGAGACGCUGCUGGGACAGGGACGGGGCUGGGCGCUUGUCAACGACGGCGAGGCCGUGGAGCGGAGCUUCAAGUUCAAGAACUUUGCAAAGACGUGGGACUUCAUGACGGCCGUUAGCCUACAAUGUAAAAUCCACAACCAUCAUCCAGAGUGGUCAAACGUUUAUAACACCACUUUUAUCCGGUGGACGACACAUAGCCCGAAGGGUCUGUCUGACAAGGACCUCAAGCUCGCUCUCAUCUGCGACGCCCUAGCAAAGGACUUUGGCGAGGUCGAGGUGCCGGCUUCCGAGGCCACCACUGACACAGAGGUCGUGAGCUGCGGCAUCCGUGGUUUAGCUGACAAGGCGGCGGGCACGGCUGGGGACUGCUGCACGCCAAAGAAGUGAAGCGGCCCCGGAUAGUCAGCCUCACUUCGGAUCCGAGGUCUCGGGGGGGGGGGG